AUGUUCUUUACAUAUUUCUUUUCUAUCUCCUCUUCCUUUUCUUUCAUCUCUUCCCUUUCAUUUCUUUCAUUUCCCUCCUUUCCUUUCUUUCAUCUAUUUCCUUUCCUUUUCUUUCAUCUCCUUCCAUUCCUGUCUUUCAUCUCCGUCCAUACCAUUUUUUCAUCCCCUCCUUGCUUACUUUCAAAUUCCUCCUUUCCUUUCUUUGAUCUGCUUCCUUACUUUUCUUUCAUCUCCCUCCUUUCCUUUUCCUUCAUCUUCCUCCUUUCCUUUUUUCAUCUAUCUCCUUUGCUUUCUAUCAUCUUCCUCCUUUCCUUUCUUUCAUCACCCUCCUUACCUUUCUUUCAUCUCCCUCCUUUCCUUUUCUUACAUCUCCUUACUUUCUUUUCUUUCAUCUCCCUCCUUUCCUUUUGUAUCAUCUUCCUCCUUUGCUUUCUAUCAUCUUCCUCCUUUUCUUUCAUCUCCCUCCUUCCCUUUCUUUCAUCUCCUUCCUUUCUUUUCUUUCAUCUCCAUCCUUUCAUUUCUUUCAUCUCCCUCUUUCUUUUUUUUCAUCUCUCACCUUCCCUUUCUUUCAUCUUCCUCCAUUCCUUUUCUUUAAUCUCCUUCGUUUCCUUUCUUUCAUCUCCCUCUUUCCUUUUCUUUCAUCUUCCUCCUUUCCUUUCUUUCAUCUUCCUCCUUUCCUUUCUUUUAUCUACGUCCAUUCCUUUUCUUUCAUCUCCCUUCUUUCCUUUCUUUCAUUUCCCUCUUUCAUUUUUUUCAUCUUCCUCCAUACAUUUUCUUUCAUCUCCCUCCUUUCCUUUCCUUUCAUCUCACUCCUUUCCUUUUUUAAUCUUCCUCCUUUCCAUUCUAUCAUCUUCGUUCUUUUCUUUCUUUCAUCUCCCUCCAUUCCUUUCUUUUAUCUCCCUCCAGUCCUUUUCUUUCAUCUCCCUCCUUUCCUUUUCUUUCAUCUCCUUCCUUUCUUUUCUUUCAUCUCCCUCCAUUCCUUUUCUUUCAUCUCCCUUCUUUCCUUUUCUUUCAUCACUCUCCUUUCCUUUCUUUCAUCUCCCCCCUUUCCUAUCCUUCAUCAACCUCCUUUCCUUUUCUUUCAUCCCCUCCCUUUCCUUUCUUUCACCUUCCUCCUUUCCUUUUCUUUCAUCUCCUUACUUUUUUUCUUUCAUCUCCCUCCUUUCCUUUCUUUCAUAUCCCUCCUUUCCUUUUCUGUCAUCUCCCUCCUUUCCUUUCUUUCAUCUCCUUUCUUUCCUUUUCUUUCAUCUCCUUCCUUUCUUUUCGUUCAUCUCCCUACUUUCCUUUUCUUUCAUCUCCUUCCUUUCCUGUCUUUCAUCUCCUUACUUUCUUUUCUUUCAUCUCCCUCCUUUUCUUUCUUUCAUCUCCCUCCUUUUCUUUCUUUCAUCUUCCUGCUUUCCUUUUUUUCAUCUUCCUCCUUUCCUUUCUUUUAUCUACGUCCAUUCCUUUUCGUUCAUCUCCCUACUUUCCUUUUCUUUCAUCUCCUUCCUUUCCUGUCUUUCAUCUUACUUUCUUUUUUCUUUCAUCUCCUUCCUUUCUUUCUUUCAUCUCCCUCCUUUUCUUUUUUCAUCUUCCUGCGCAGAUCUUUCAUCUUCCUCCUUUCCUUUCUUUUUAUCUACGUCCAUUCCUUUAUUUUCAUCUCCCUUCUUUUCCUUUCUUUCAUCUCCUUCCUUUCCUGUCUUUCAUCUCCUUACUUUCUUUUCUUUCAUCUCCCUCCCUUUCUUUUCUUUCAUCUCCCUCUUUCCCUUUCUUUCAUCUCCCACCUUCCUUUCUUUUCAUCUUCCUUCCUUUCCUUUAAUUUAUCUCCCUCAUUUCUUCUCUUUUCUUUCAUUUCAUCUUCCCUUUUCAUCUUUCAUUUCUUUUCUUUCAUCUCCCUUUCUUUUUCUUUCAUCUCCUUUUCUUUCAUCUCCUCCUUUCCUUUCAUCUUUCCUUUUCUUUCUUUCAUCUCCUUUUUUCUUUCUUUCAUCUCCUUUCAUUUCAUUUUUUUCAUCUCCUUUUUUCCUUUCUUUCAUCUCCCCUUCCUUUCUUUCAUCUUCCUCCUUUCCUUUUCUUUCAUCUCCCUUCUUUCCUUUUCUUUCAUCUCUCUCCUUUCCUUUUCUUUCAUCUCCCCCUUUCCUUUCUUUCAUCUUCCUCCUUUCCUUUUUUUUCAUAUCCUUCCUUUCUUUUCGUUCAUCUCUUUUCUUUAUUUUCUUUCAUUCAUCGUUCCCUAGUGUCCUCCCAUUAAAUAAAUUUUGA